AUGAUUAAAUAUUCACCUGAUGGCCUAGUAAAAUAAUAAUAAAAUAUAUUAGAAAUGCCUUAUAGGUGCAGUGUUGGUAAAAGCAGGAUAAGCACUAUUAAUGACAUGGGGAAAAUCUAAUGUUUAUUAUUAUUCAUAUUUCAAAAUGAAUGAUCCUGAGUUGUCAGUUUCCUAUAACACAUUACCUAUAGCAUUAAUGGGUAUACCAUUGGCAAUUGCAUCAGUCUAUUCAUUAAAGAUAGCUGAUAGAAUAGGCUACGAGAAACUAAUAAUAAUUACAACAUCAUUAUAAUUUUUAUCAUUCCUCCUAGCGUUACACGCUAACUCUUAUUUAGAAUUCAUAUUAUUUUAUUUGGGUUUUAUUGGUUUAGGAUAUGCAUUAUUAGCAUUUCCAUUAUUGAAAUGUCUAUGGAGUCACUUUUCAGAGGAGGAAGGUAUGGUAACAGGAAUUUUAUUUGGAGUAUUUGGAUUUGCUACAUUUUUCUUUUUACUUUUGGUUACAUAUAUAGUGAAUCCCAAUAAUGAAGAAGCCACCUUAUCAGUAAUGUAUUAAUUAAUUACAUAGAUGCAAGUAGGUUCAUAGUAGUAUCUCUACUUUUCUGAACAUGUUGCAGUGAAUACACAUUAAGCAAUAAAAUAUGCUGGAUUUAUAGCAGGUACUUUAAGUGUUUGUGGCAGUUUAUUAAUAAAUUAAAGAAAAUUGGAAGUGGCAGAAGAGUAAGAAUUAUAAAUUUUGACCAGUGAAAUCUAGAAUAUCAAAAUUACUCCAAAUGAUCCUCUUUUAUAAGUUGUUAGAACUCCAUAAUUUAAAAUAAUUUUGGGAUCUUACUUUACUGUUUUCUUUUUUGAAGUAACAUUGGGAUUAAACUAUAAAACAUAUGUAUUAGAAAAGGUAAAUUGAUAUAAUUAGUUUAAGAGAUUAAUAAUGAUCAAUUGAUUACAUGGGUUGACACACUUGGUAUUAUACUUGGAUCAAUAGCUAAUUUCGUCUUUGGUAAGAUGGCUGAUUCGAUUAUAUUCUCUGUCUUGUUACAUAAAUUAUUAAUAAUGAUGAGUAUAAUAGCUGUAAUGAUUCCUAUUUCAUUGAAUAUAUCUAAAGAUUUAUUCAUUAUUGGUAAUCUUUUAAAAUGUAUUAAUAGAUUAUUUAUUAUUAUCAAUUGUAUCUAAAGGAAUAAUUGUAAUAUUAGGUCCAGGAUUACUUUAAAUAUUUGGUAAAAAAACAGGUGCAGAUAUACUCCCUAUUGUUAAUUUUAGUGGAUUGUUGGGCUUCAUCAUAUCAGCUCUAUCAAUAUUGUUAAUAGUUCCAAUAUUGAGAUUUGAUGGCACAUUCAUUUUCUAAGGUUUGUUAAUUGGAUUAGCUGCCUAUAGUACUAAAAAGCUCAAUUAAUGA